AUGUGGCCUGAUUACUUCACCAACAAUUUUCAUUACUAUUAUUUACCAUAUUUCUGCAACCGUGGUCUGGCGGUGAAAGAUCAUUCUAAUGUUACAAAAUGUUUUUGCCCACCCAGCUUCUACGGUCCACAAUGCGAGUUUUAUAGUGAUCGAAUAACAGUUGUAACACAUUUAGACCUAAGAAAUUAUUAUAUUCAAGGACAAUCAACUGUGAUUAAAGUAUUAACAACAUUUCUGUUUGAUGAUCUGAUUAUGGAUUAUUAUGAAUUUCAUGUUUAUCCAUCAUUACAAACAGAAGACAAUUAUGUUAAGCAAAAAAUGUACUUUCUGUAUCCAAGAACAAACGAAUUUAUUCGUUUGAAGACGAAUCAACGUAGCGGUACACAGUUGUACAAAGUUCGUUUUGAAGCAUUCGAACUAUUUGAUACAAUGAAUAUCAACCCAGUUGGCGUAUGGGAUUUUCCAAUUUAUUUCGACAAUCUACCAUCAUUUCGUUUAGUCAAAAUACUACGAGUGGAACAGUCCAAUACAAUUUUCAUUAAUAAUCAGUGUUCUGAUCAUCCUUGUGGAGCAAAUGGUGUUUGCCACAUCGUUAUUAAUAAAAAUGAAUCAUAUUUCUGUUUAUGCAAAAGUGGCUACUUUGGUAAACAUUGUGAAACCUUUGAUCCAUUAUGUUCUGGACACUGUUCACCUCAAUCAAUUUGUAAGCCAAAUUACGGUGGAAUCAUCACAGGAAACCGGGAGCCAUUAUGCGUAUGUCCAGCCGGUGUUUUUGGGCCGACAUGUCAUUUGAGAAAUGAUCAUUGUAACAGCAGUCCAUGUUUGAGCAAUGGAACCUGCUAUGUUACUUACGAAAUGGCUGAUAUUCAAAAUUAUACGUGUGCUUAUACCAGCGCAUUGACCAUUGCCAAUAUGCUAAAGCGUCUGUUUGUGUCACAUUCGGUCCAACACCCAAAGCCGUUAUCGAAUCAAAUGCAAUUCUUGCAUCGAGUGUGCUAUUAUGCGAUAUCAACAAUAAAACAUUGA